AUGUCCCAGAUUUUAUGGUACUUUGGGUUAUCUCCACAUGUGGAGUGGGUGGGGCCUUGUGGCAUACCUCUGAGCCUGUGUUGAUUUUCCCCGCCCAAAUAGUUCUUACCUGUAAUCACUUUGAGACUCUUAAACCCUUCCUUGAAACCCUUUCACACAAUCUGAGGGAAUCCCGCAUAAUCAGAGGAGUAAAAGAAAGGGCUUUAACCUUCCACUCAAAUUACAUUGCUCUCGGGGAAUGGCCUCUACCAUCGGUCUCCUGCCUGAGAAACACUUCCUGUGCUCUCUGUGCGAGCACAUAUUCACCAAGCCCGUGACCAUUCCCUGCGGCCACAGUUUCUGCAAGGUGUGCCUGCGCAAAUACUGGAAUCAGGCCGGGACUGAGCGCUGCCCGUCCUGUAAGAGGGCCUUCGGGUCACGACCCCACCUUAGCGUCAACCGCAUCCUGGCAGACGUUAUCGAGAACUACAGGACGACACGACAGGCGGCCAAACAAGAGGGCCACAGCGAGGACAAAACUGAUAAGACCGCAAAGGAACUGCAGCAGAUGAUUCAGGAGCGGCUACAGAAGGUGGAUAAGCUGAAGACCUCCCUGCAACUACUCAAAAGCUCGUGUCAGAGAGAGGUGCAGGAGAGCAACCGUGUGUUCAGCGCCCUGGUCAGCUCCAUAGAGCAGAGCCAGAUGUUGGUGGUGGCGUCAGUGGAGGAGAAGGAGAGGCACGCCGAGAAGCGCGUGAGCAGGCUGGUGAGGGAGCUCGAGCAAGAGAUCCGAGAGCUGCGCGAGGGGAAGGCCAAUCAGGAAGAGCCGCAAACAGAGAUGAAGAGAUGGAGUUCACGCAUUACCCUAGAAGACCGAGAGAUGAGGGACUGGUCCAGGGUUUCCCUGGAGACGGACCCAUGCGUGGGUGUCACCAGGAGGGCGGUGCUUGACCUGGUGGACAAAGUUCUGAUGGAGGCCAAUAGACUCACCAAAUCAGAGCUAAAAAGACUUCAAAAAUACUCAGUGGAUGUCACUCUGAACCCCCAGACGGCCCAUGCCUACCUUAUCCUUUCAGACGACAGGAGGCAAGUCAGACAUGGUGACAAGCGGCAGGAAAUCCUCGAAAGCCCUAAAAGGUUUGACCGCAUGACCAACGUCCUGGCCAAGGAGAGCUUUCUCUCAGGCAGACACUACUGGGAGGUGGAGGUGGGCAGCAAAACCGAGUGGGACCUGGGUGUGGUCCGCCACUCGGUCAACAGAAAAGGGAAGUUCACGGUCUGCCCGGCUAAUGGCUUCUGGACCGUGAGCCUGAGAAAUGGGUGUCAGUACGUUGCCAACACAUCGCCGCCCACCUCCCUGGCUCUGCGCCACAAGCCGAAGAGGAUUGGCGUGUUCGUGGACUACGAGGAGGGAAGGACAUCCUUCCUCUGCGUGGACAGCGGCGCCCACAUCCACACGUUCAUGGACGCGUUCACAGACAGGCUCCAUCCUUUCUUUGGGCCUGGGAGGCCUCAUGGAGGAAAGAACACAGCUCCUCUUACUGUCACCAGCAACUGCUGCAGCAUCUGAAUAGUAUGUAGCCUUCUACAAAACCCAAACAACUAUAUAUUCGACUAAUCUCUCUGAUUGCACAAAAAAGCUCACCUGUGUGUGCCUGAGAUACAUUCCUUGUGAUUUAUUUAUAUCUGAUUCAAGUAUUGAAUAUAUGCCACCUAGUCAUCUAAAAUGUGAAUAAAUAUGAUAUAAUUUGCA